GGCCGGGGCCGAGGAUGCGGCUGAAGCUGGGCUUCCUCCUGCGCGCCGGGCUGCUGCUCGGCUCGUUCCUGGGGCUGCUGCUGCUCUGGUCGUCGCUCUCGCCUCGCGCGGAGGAGCCCAGCCCCCUGGGCAGGGUGCGGGAUGACAAAGAUUCCAGCAAUCUCUUGCCAAACAAUGGAGACCGUGGGCUGGUUCCUGGAAACAACAAGUUCAAGCCUGUGUUACCGUGGCCUCACGUUGAAGGCGUGGAAGUAGACUUAGAAUCAAUUCGGCGAAGGAAUAAGGCCAAAAAUGAAGGAAAUCCUCACGCUGGUGGCAAUAAUGAUCAGCAAAACAUCAUGCAGCGACAGUAUCUCACGUUUAAGCCACAGACACUUACCUACCACGAUCCCAUAUUGCGAUCUGGAAUUCUUGGUAACUUUGAACCCAAAGAACCGGAGCCCCAUGGAGUUGUAGGUAGCCCCGGAGAGGAAGCCAAGCCAUAUGUUUUAGGACCUGAGUAUAAAGAAUCGAUUCAAGCCAGUAUUAAAGAGUUUGGCUUUAACAUGGUAGCAAGUGACAUGAUCUCGCUAGAUCGAAGUAUUAAUGACUUGCGUGAUGAAGAGUGCAAGUACUGGCAUUAUGAUGAAAACCUACUCACCUCCAGUGUUAUCAUUGUCUUCCAUAAUGAAGGAUGGUCCACACUAAUGAGGACAGUUCACAGUGUCAUUAAAAGAACACCAAGGAAGUAUCUUGCUGAAAUUGUUCUGAUUGAUGAUUUCAGCAAUAAAGAACACUUAAAAGAGAGACUAGAGGAUUAUAUUAAGCAGUGGAACGGCCUUGUUAAGAUUUUUCGAAAUGAAAGGAGAGAGGGUUUAAUUCAAGCUCGAAGCAUUGGAGCCCAGAAGGCUAAAGUUGGACAGGUUUUGAUUUACCUUGAUGCCCACUGUGAGGUGGCAGUAAACUGGUAUUCACCACUAAUAGCUCCUAUAUCUAAAGACAGAACGACAUGCACUGUGCCUCUAAUAGAUUACAUAGAUGGGAAUGACUAUUCCAUUGAACCACAGCAAGGUGGGGAUGAAGAUGGCUUUGCCAGAGGGGCCUGGGACUGGAGCUUGUUGUGGAAACGCAUCCCAUUAAGCCACAAGGAAAAGGCAAAAAGAAAAUAUAAAACUGAGCCAUAUCGAUCCCCUGCAAUGGCUGGUGGAUUAUUUGCCAUUGAACGUGACUUUUUUUUUGAACUAGGUCUCUAUGACCCAGGUCUACAAAUCUGGGGUGGUGAAAACUUUGAAAUAUCAUACAAGAUUUGGCAGUGUGGAGGGAAGCUGCUGUUUGUCCCCUGUUCUCGUGUUGGACACAUUUAUCGUCUCCAGGGAUGGCAAGGGAAUCCACCUCCAGCAUAUGUUGGCUCAUCGCCUACUCUAAAAAAUUAUGUCAGAGUGGUGGAAGUGUGGUGGGAUGAAUACAAAGAUUACUUCUAUGCUAGUCGUCCUGAGACAAAAGCACUAGCUUAUGGCGAUAUAUCUGAAUUGAAGAAAUUUCGUGAAGAUCAUCAGUGUAAAAGUUUUAAAUGGUUCAUGGAAGAAAUAGCAUAUGAUAUCACAUCGCACUAUCCUUUACCACCGAAAAAUGUGGAGUGGGGAGAGGUUAGAGGCUUUGAAACUGCCUACUGCAUAGACAGCAUGGGGCACACCAAUGGAGGCUUUGUGGAGCUCGGACCAUGCCAUAGAAUGGGAGGAAAUCAACUGUUCAGAAUCAAUGAAGCAAAUCAGCUCAUGCAGUAUGACCAGUGCUUAACAAAAGGACCAGAUGGAUCAAAAGUCAUGAUUACACACUGCAAUCUAAACGAAUACAAGGAGUGGCAGUACUUCAAGAAUCUACAUAGAUUUACCCAUAUUCCUUCAGGGAAAUGUUUGGACCGCUCAGAGGUUCUGCAUCAAGUGUUCAUCUCAGACUGUGACUCUAGCAAAUCAACACAAAAAUGGGAAAUGAACAAUAUCCUUAGUGUGUAGACUGAUCAGCCUGAAACCUACCUACUGACAAAUUUAAUUCAUAUAGGACUGAAGAUAGCCUGAAAAUUGCUGCAACUAUUAACUUUGUACAGAGAGCCCAGAAUUUCUUGAUCUGGAUGAAGGACAUAGAUGGACUCUGAUAGAUUUAUCAUCUGCAGUUAAUGUUUACAAAACUGCUCUUACCUUAAACUUUAUAGAUGUUUACAUCUUUAUUUGUGUGUGUUUCGUUUAAAGAUGUUUUAAACAGGCGAUAAUUUAAUGUGCUUUUGACUGUGUUUCCAUAUUUACUGGAACAAAGUUAAAAGCAUCUGCUUAGAUCUGGGGG